GGACACCUAAUCGUCAGAAACUCCCGUGACGGCGUCGUUUGGCAGACGGAUAACAAAGAACCCGGAACCGAUUUCCGGUUCUCUGAAACCGGGAAUCUGAUUUUGAUCAACGACGACGGCUCUCCGGUUGGCAGAGCUUUGAUAACCCGACCGACACGUGGCUUCCGGGGAUGAAUGUCACCGGUCUAACGGCUAUGACUUCGUGGCGGACUCUGUUCGAUCCUUCGCCGGGAUUUUACUCCCUCAGACUGAGUCCAGGCUUCAACGAGUUCCAGCUUGUUUACAAGGGAGCCACACCGUAUUGGUCCACCGGAAAUUGGACCGGAGAAGCCUUCGUCGGCGUUCCGGAGAUGACUAUUCCGUACAUCUACAGGUUCCAUUUCGUUAACCCUUACACUCCCUCGGCGUCGUUUUGGUACAUCGUCCCACCGUUGGACGCCGUUUCCGAGCCACGCCUGACGCGGUUCAUGGUCGGCGCCAACGGCCAGCUGAAGCAGUACACUUGGGACCCACAGACGCAGAGCUGGAACAUGUUCUGGUUGCAGCCGGAGGGUCCGUGCCGCGUUUACAGUCUCUGUGGUCAAUUAGGGUUUUGCAGCAGCCAAUUGCUCAAGCCCUGUGCCUGCAUCCGCGGUUUCCGGCCUAAGAACGACGACGCGUGGAGAUCUGAUGAUUACAAGCGACGGAUGCCGCCCGUUGUUGGGUCAAUCUCAGUUCUUGGGAUUACAUUGUUGGUGCCAUUGAUUCUGUUGAAGAGGAGUCGAAAAGAGGAAGAAGACGAGGAAACAGACGAAGAUGGGUUUGCUGUGUUGAAUUUGAAGGUCCUUUCUUUCAAGGAGCUUCAAACAGCUACAAUGAGUUCUCGGAUAAGGUCGGACACGGUGGUUUUGGGGCGGUUUUCAAAGGAACAUGUACCUGGUUCUUCUACCUUUGUGGCCGUUAAACGCGUGGAAAGACCUGGAAGUGGGGAGAGCGAGUUCCGGGCAGAGAACAAGCCCCAAAUUGCUAAGCUGGGAGACCCGUUUCAGGAUCGCGUUAGUGAUUUCAACGCCAAAGUAUCUGAUUUUGGCUUGGCUAAGCUCCUUGGCCGUGACUUCAGCCGAGUUCUAGCCACAAUGAGAGGGACAUGGGGCUACGUGGCUCCCGAAUGGAUAUCUGGUUUGCCCAUCACAACAAAAGCUGAUGUGUAUAGCUUUGGAAUGACAUUGCUCGAGCUGAUCGGUGGUCGAAGAAAUGUUAUUGUUAAUAGCGAUACACUGGGAGAGAAAGAGACAGAACCAGAGAAAUGGUUCUUUCCACCAUGGGCAGCUCGUGAAAUCAUACAAGGAAAUGUGGACUCUGUGGUCGACUCUAGACUCAACCGAGAAUAUAACAUUGAAGAGAUGCUUGAAGGAGUUGUGGAGGUGACGGUUCCUCCACCGCCUAAAUUGAUUCAAGCUCUUGUCUCCGGCGAUUCAUACCGAGGAGUGAGUGGCACAACCUGUAGCGAAAGUCGUGGCUGUUCGGAUCUCAACACUGGAUUGUCUAGCCCUGGCUCACGGUCGUCUUUUGGUAGACCUUCUCCUUGAUCAAUUUAAGAUGAUUUGGUCAAAACCGGCCUUAAAUGUUUAAGUUUUGCUCUCUAAGAGGGUUUAAUUAGUUUAAACUGUAUUUGUUGGUUUAUGAGAUUGAAACCUUAAUUUCUUAUUUCCCAUUAAAAAAGGGAUGAGCGUUAG